AUGUCUCACGAGCACUCACACGACGGCCCUCAUGGCCACGCGCACUCCCACGAGGGCGGCUUCAACGCCCAGGAGCACGGCCACUCCCACGAGAUUCUUGACGGUCCUGGAAGCUACCUCGGCCGUGAGAUGCCCAUUGUCGAGGGCAGAAACUGGAGCGAUCGUGCUUUCACAAUUGGUAUUGGAGGACCAGUCGGCUCCGGCAAGACGGCUCUGAUGCUCGCCCUCUGCCUCGCCCUGCGCGAAAAGUACUCCAUCGCCGCCGUCACAAACGACAUCUUCACCCGCGAGGACGCCGAAUUCCUCACCCGCCACAAGGCCCUGCCCGCCCCGCGCAUCCGCGCCAUCGAGACGGGCGGUUGCCCGCACGCCGCCGUGCGCGAGGACAUCUCGGCCAACCUCGCCGCCCUCGAGGACCUCCACCGCGAGUUCGACGCAGACCUCCUCCUCAUCGAGUCCGGCGGCGACAACCUGGCCGCCAACUACUCGCGCGAACUGGCCGAUUAUAUCAUCUACGUCAUUGACGUCUCGGGCGGCGACAAGAUCCCGCGCAAGGGCGGCCCGGGCAUCACGCAGAGCGAUUUGCUGGUUGUGAACAAGACGGACCUGGCUGAGAUUGUGGGCGCGGAUCUGGGCGUCAUGGAGAGGGAUGCGCGCAAGAUGCGCGAGGGCGGGCCGACUGUGUUUGCGCAGGUGAAGAAGAAUGUUGCCGUUGAUCACAUUGUCAACCUCAUGCUUAGCGCGUGGAAGGCGAGUGGUGCCGAGGAGAACCGUAGGGCUGCGGGUGGACCGCGGCCUACGGAGGGCCUUGACAGCCUCAAGGCUUGA